AUGGCGAGCAGGCCUGCCGUUGCAGCAUCAAGCCGGUGGCUGGAGGGUAUUCGAAAAUGGUACUACAAUGCUGCAGGGUUCAAUAAACUGGGGUUAAUGAGAUAUGAUACAAUAUAUGAGAAUGAUGAUGAGAAAGAGGCUGUAAGAAGGCUUCCUGAGAACCUUUAUAACAACAGGAUGUUUCGCAUUAAGAGAGCACUGGACCUGACCAUGAGGCAUCAGAUCUUGCCUGAAGAGCAGUGGACAAAAUAUGAGGAGCAUAAAUUCUACCUUGAACCAUAUCUGAAAGAAGUUAUUCAGGAAAGAAAAGAGAGAGAAGAAUGGGCAAAGAAAUGA